AUGACGCGACUUUCGUUGCGAAACCCGCUGUUGACUCCGGAGCAGAUUUCUGAAUCGCCAUCGCAAAGGCAAGGCAUGCUUCUCGAGUUAGAAACAGAUCUUCGCGCAUACGGGGUCCCACAGGUGGUUAUGGCUAGCGCGCAAAUUAUGUUUCAGCGAUUCUAUUAUCUGGCAGCAUUUCAGGACUUUUCCCUGCGCGGCACAGUUCUCGGCACGCUAUUUUUGGCGUGCAAGGUGGAGGAAAACCCGCAAACGAUCCGUAACAUUAUCAACUCUUUGGACAUAGUCAUCAGUCGAGAUAGGGGAUAUCCAGAAGUUGUUGCAGACGGUUACGACGCAGAGUUCUACGACUUGAAGAACGAAAUGGUUAUCAGCGAGAUGCAGAUUCUGCGGAAACUGGGGUUUAAUGUGCAGGUGGAGCUGCCGUAUGGUCUUCUUGUCAACUAUUUGCGCAGCUUGGAGCUUACGGAGCACCCAAGCGUGCCGCAAUUGGCAUGGAACUAUCUGAACGAUCUUUUACGGACGCCUGUGUACGUGUGUUUUCAGCCAGAGACUAUUGCCUGCGGCGCAAUAUAUCUGGCUGCCCAUGAAAGUCAAGUUCGGCUGCCCGAAUCGCCGCCCUGGUGGGUGAUAUUUGAUGCCAAUGGCGAGGAUGUCGCCCAGGUGGCCAAAGCAAUCCAGGCAAUUCAGAGAAAGCACGCAAAAGAGCCAGUUCGCCAUCAUCCUCAUUUGCGCAGUCUCACGAGCAUGACGGCGCUAAUGCCUCGCUGA